CUUGACUUUUAUUCGCCAAGAAACUCAAUUUUCUUAGCAAAGUGAGCAAACCUUCUCGCACUUUCGAAAUCAGUCAUCAAUUCAUAGAUUCAUAGAAGACCAGAGAAGUGAACAGAGGAAAGUCGCCCCCUCAUUUCAAUCUCCCAUCGUUCUACUACUUACGUCAUUGAAGAGAGGGGUAUGAACAACAAAUGACAGUCAUGGCGAGAGCAGCUGUUGAUACUUCAAAGAAAGGAACAACUUUUUCAAGUUUUCAGUACUCGGGAUUGAAAAGAUUGGGCAGGAGGAACCCAUUUAUGAGAUAUGGCCUUCCUCUCAUUUCUCUCACCGUGUUCGGGACACUUGGCCUUGGUCAUCUCUUGCAAGGGAGUAAGGAUAUUUCCAAAGUAAAAGAUGAUAAAGAGUGGGAGAUCAUCGAGGAAAGGAAAGCUCUUUCCAGAACUGGACCCGUUAAUGCAUACAAUCCGAAAAAUAUUUCGUUGGAAGAGGAGCUGAAGGCAUUUCAAGAGAAGGUAGAUAUAAACAGCUACGAUUACAAGAGGAUCCCUCUGCCCAAUGAAGGCAAGUCAGCUAGAUAAGCCUUUGGCAGAUGUAGGCAACAGCAGAGAUGCAUCAUGGCGUUGCAAUUUUGUUCUCCUUUUGGCUAAUCUGUAGUUCUUGGGUCACUAACUCACUGUAUAGUGUAUUUGGAAAGUGUAGUGCUUCGUUGUUUUUCUCUGGCAAACAAAAAUUUUCUGCAAUUUGAUUCUUGAUACUAUCUGCACUGAACAUGAGCAGAAAAGAAAGAGUCCGUGUUUCCCAGCGGUUGAAUGUAUCUCAAAUUCUCAUUGAUGAUAAUUUUUAAAAGCUUUAACAUCAUCAA